AUGCAAAUGGCAAAGUCUACAGGUCUAGAUAAGAUCUCAACUAAGCUAAUAAAACAGGCAGGCGAUACAAUAACUGAAUCACUCCUAGAAGUGUUUAACCUAUCUCUUAGGACAGGAAUAUUUCCAGAUGAUUGGAAAUUUGCCAAAGUGACUCCAAUAUAUAAGUCAGAAAACAAAACCUUAUGUGAAAACUAUAGACCGAUAUCAGUCAUUUCGAAUAUCGCCAAAAUAGUUGAGAAAUUAGUCUGUAGACAACUAAAUACCUUCCUGGAUAACAACAACAUAAUUGUAAAAAAUCAAUCAGGUUUCCGUCGCAAUCACUCAACCGAAACCUCGUUACUACAAUCUAUUGAAAUGUGGUUGAAAUCAAUGGACCAGGGUCAAAUAAAUGGGGUUAUUUUCUUAGACCUGAAAAAAGCAUUUGAUACGAUUGAUCACCAGAUUCUAUUGUCAAAACUGCAAGCUUAUGGGAUACGCGACCACACGCUCAAAUGGUUCCAAUCGUAUUUAGAUCAAAGAAAGCAAAUUUGCAUGCUAAAUAACUGUAAAUCUGAUAUUGAAACAAUUCGUUGUGGAGUACCUCAGGGUUCAAAUCUUGGACCUCUAUUAUUUCUCAUUUACAUAAACGACCUCCCAAACUGCCUAGAAACAACACACUCUAAUUUAUUUGCUGAUGACACAAUUUUAUCAUGUCAAGGGCAUUUAUCCAUAGAUAUUGAAUACAAACUUAACAAAGACCUA